AUAUCUUAACGUCAAUUCGUCACGAAGACAAUCACGAAAUCACGAAUUUGUGCAAGUGGUGAGCAAAGUAAAUGAUGAGAAAGCAAGCAAAGUGAAAUUGUUGUUUUUGUCAGUGUUUUGUUAAAUAUACGUUUGUGUUUUAUUUACGUCUAUAUACUUUGCGUGAACAUUGUUGUGUAGGAAACCUACGUGAUUAUGUGUACAAUAUGCGCAGAGUGUUGAUUACGAAUGACAUCUGUUAACAAAAGGAAAACAGUAAAAUAGAGACGUUCAUAAUCUUAAUUCAGUAUGAGUUCGACGGAGACCAUCAACCUCACGGCUCAGCCGAUGAUUAAGGAGGUGGUCCACGAAAAGGAUUCCAUGUUCCUCCAAACCCCUGGUGCUCAGGGGAUCGCCGGGAUCUUCGUUUUUGCGGCGCUAUUCAUUACUUGCCAACAGAUCUACCAGCACCUGCGCUGGUACACGAAUCCCUCCGAGCAGCGUUGGAUAGUCCGUAUUCUCUUCAUCGUACCUAUAUACGGCUGCUACAGCUGGAUCUCACUGCUGUUCUUCAACGGAAACUCCUACUAUGUAUACUUCUUCACUGUCAGAGAUUGCUAUGAAGCAUUCGUGAUCUACAGUUUCCUGUCUCUCUGCUACGAGUACCUAGGCGGGGAGGGUAACAUAAUGUCGGAGCUCCGCGGGCGUCCCGUGCGGGCGUCGUGCGUGAAUGGCACGUGCUGCCUCAGUGGUGCCACCUAUACCAUCGGGUUCUUGCGUUUCUGCAAGCAGGCGACUCUUCAGUUCUGUCUUAUUAAGCCCGUUUGCGCCUUCAUUAUUAUAUUCUUACAGGCUCGUGGCCUAUACCACGAUGGCGACUGGAGCCCCGACGGCGGCUAUAUCUACAUCACCAUCGUGUACAACUUCUCCGUGAGCCUGGCGCUCUACAGCCUGUUCCUCUUCCUCGGAGCCACCAGGGAGAUGCUCAAGCCCUUCGACCCGGUGCUCAAGUUCUUCACCGUCAAGUCUGUCAUUUUCCUCUCGUUUUGGCAAGGUGUAGCCCUAGCCAUACUCGAGAAGGCCGAGGUGAUAUCUCCUAUCCACGACGCGAACGGCGUGCCGACCACCGCGGGCACGGUGUCUGCGGGCUACCAGAACUUCCUGAUCUGCCUGGAGAUGCUGGCGGCGGCGGUGGCGCUGCGGUACGCGUUCCCGGCCGCCGUGUACGCGCACGCGCACCGCGACCCGCACCGCUCCGUCACCAUGCAGUCCAUCUCCAGUAGCCUCAAGGAGACAAUGAACCCCAAGGACAUAAUGACGGACGCGUUCCACAACUUCCACCCGCAAUACCAGCAGUACACACAAUACAGCUCUGAUGUCACUUCUCAACUGCCUUAUGAGAAACUAUAAACUCUGCCAUAGCUGUGCUCUGCAUGAAGUGCAUUGCUGUCUGUCCGUUUAUACAUACAUGUAAUAAUAAAUACAUUAUGCCCGAGCAUGGAAACACCACUAACAAUAAUGUAAAAUAAAAUCUAAAAAAAUAUAAGUGUGUUCAUGUUCAGCAGUAUUUCCAUUCAAGCACGAUGUUUGGGUGCCGUUUCAUUUGUGCUAAAUUUUGGUGCUUAUUGUAGGGUGCUCAAACUACUGGCGUUUGAAUGGGAAUAUUUCCAUAUUUAGUUAAUAACGAAUAUACUUGGGUUUUCUGCGCUUCUAAAGAAUAGAAAGCCUGCGUUUGUCUGUAUGUUUAUAUAGUUAUUCUGCAGUAUUUUCAAAGGAUUAUUUUGUCAGUCAGUAUUUAAAACAAUCAAGUAUUAUGAAAUCAUUCCAUUUUGAAUUUUAUGACGCACAGAAUUCAAGUAUAUUCGAUUCGAUAGGAAAGUAUCAAAACGGCAUGCGAAAAAUAAAUGUUUAUUAGGGAAUCAUAAACGGAGUGUCACUACACAUACAAAUUUUUGUUUUCACAUAACACACACACAAAGUGCCUUAUAUAGUGAAGGUGAACUAUCGAUUUCUGAUGCUCGGUCGAACCCACGUUAGUUAAGGACUUUAUUUUUAUAUCGAGGUAUAUCGAGGUAUUUGGCUAGUCCGAAACGCAUAACGAAUUUUUACGAAAAACUUAGGUAAGUAUCAUAUCGGAAGGCAUGGUAGAACAAAACGUGGUAUUGAAAUGGAACCAAUAUGAUAUUAAAACUGCACAGGGAUGAAAUACGAAAAAAUCAUGAGAAAAUCGUAGAAAAAAAGGGAAGAAAAAUCAGCAGAUAAAACAUAUCAUAUUUUUUGGAACAAUUAAAAACGAUCAAUAUCAAAUAUUCUAUACAUUGCAAAACAAUCAUCAUCCAAGAGCCUAUAAGCUACAAAAAAAUAUUUUUACUGGUAAUACAACAAAUUCGGACUAUUCAUUGCCAUAAAUAAGUAUCUACUUUGUACUUAAUGCCUUUAGUAUGUGUUGUGUAAGGAUUAGUGUAAAUGUUAAUUUUCUGUGAUUAUAUUACUUUUUCUUUUUGUAUUAUUUUGUUACUUUCUUAUAGUUACAGGAUAUGAUCCUUAGUUGAUGCUAGAAUUCAAAAUUAGUUUAAAAAAUAUUCUUUUUUUUUGUAAUAGCAACAUUGGCAUUUAUCGGGUUGUCUUGAUUUUGUACAUUCUUUUUUUAAAUAAAUUAUGUUUGAUAACUGUGGAAGUGAAACCUGCACUUUUAUUGCCAAACCAAAGAACGGCAUUUCAUGUUUCCACCUUCAGUUAAAUGUCGAGGCGGGUGUUGCCAACGCUUUGUAAUAAUACGCGCUUCAAGUAACUCUAACCUUAAUGAAAAUUAACUAACAACCUGUAAAGCCAUACUUUAUGUUUUCAUUUCCUGAAUAUUGUUAUCAUAAUAUUAUUUUUACUUAGGAGAUUUUUUAAACUUUAAUUAUAGUUUUGAUUAAAUUCUAAAGUAUAGUUAUUGUAGGUUUAAGUUAUAAUAAUUAUUUUUUACAGUUCACCACAGUUUGAUUUUCAAAACACUUGUAUUUCGCCUCUCACUAAUAAUAAAUAAAGGAUAUUACUUAAUUA